AUGUCUAAUGUUUUUAAACGAUGUUCAUAUGCCUUGGAUCGUCCUAUCUCUUCUACCAGACGUUUAACAGUAAAAGAAAACGAUCGUGGACGCUUAGAGGCACUUAACCAGGCUCUUACAUGUGUCCAUAAAGCUGAUGUUAAAAAGCUUCCUCGUCUCCAGCAUGGCAUUGACAAAGCUCUCUUUGUUCCGGGAAUUCUUUCCCUGGUAAAAGGAAAUAAAGGUCUAAGCAAAUAUGUUCAAACUAUUCACCGACUUGAGAAAUUCAACUAUGACCUUUUGGCUCCAUACUAUGAGCCCAGUGAGCAUAAGGAAUUAAAUAACCUGGCACGGAAAUUCCAUGUUACCUUCACCGGAUCUACUAGCACUCUUUCAAAACCAUUAAGUCAGCUACAUUUCUUCAUUUCUCAAUGGAAAAAGCCAAGCACCGGGUUUCUCGGUGACCCUUUUAAUGACCCAGCAACAACCACGUUUACAAGACUAACAAGGUUACCCUGUUCGUUCACGUUGAAACGCAAUGGCUCUGUCUACUCUGUCAACAAAGACAUUUUUGACGAUGACUCGGGAAACAAAAUAUUAAUGUCACUUGGAAAGAGCUUAGAAACAUUUCUCACAGUUGAUAAGCAAGAAUUCUCCCGAUUCUUCUAUGACAACCCAACCGGCUUACAGCCAUCUCAGCCAGUCAACUUGUAUAAUUACUCAAAGUUCGGCAGUAUCCUCAUGCGUUCGCAGCUCGACUGCUAUGAUCAUCGUGUAAGUCGAUCUGGCAUUUUUGAUUUAAAAACACGAGCUGUUUUUGGUGUCCGAAUGGACAGAGAGCAUCCUGAGCUUUAUUCCAAAUUCAAAAUUUUGGGAAGAUCCGGUAUCUAUUCGUCUUUUGAACGUGAACAGUAUGACAUGAUACGGUCAUCGUUGUUGAAAUACAGCAUUCAGGCACGCAUUGGCAAUAUGGCGGGUGUCUUCAUCACCUAUCACAACACACGGGUCAUCUUUGGUUUUCAAUUUCUCGCAUUAGAUGCUAUGGACAAAGUGCUGUAUGGUUCUUCAACAGUUGGCAAUCAGUGUUUUUCGUUAACAGUUCAACUCUAUGAAAACAUUCUAAAAAGAUCAGUAGCAACAUAUCCAAAAGCUAAUCUUCGGAUUACAUUUUACACUACGAAUAAUACGGAACCAAAGCUGUUUGUGUUUGUUGAAAACCUAGAUUCAAUUAUUCCGGCAAAGUCUGCUUGUUCAUCGAAAUCCGCUGACAGUUCGACCCGUUCACGUACAGAAGACAGUGAUAAAACAACGAAACGGCAACAUAUACACCCCACAAGCUGUUAUGUUUACAGCCUCCGUCACAAUCUGAACGGUCAAUGGGUAAAAUCAUUACCGCAAAGCAUGCUUACAACAAAAAAUUGGUUCGUUGAUUACGUUUGUGAGAGUAUGACAGACGAGUCUCAUAUGCUUUCCAUACUUGAUCGGCUAAACAGAACUACUCGGAAAUUUGCGGAAAAGUCUGCCAAACCAUCUGCAUCACUUCAAUUACUUCUCCAACAACUUGCUUCCAAUCCAGCUCUCUAUAAAGAUUUCAAAGUGAUGAAACCUCAAACGCUGUAUUAA